AUGUGCGGCUAUGAUAUUAUUGAAUGGAUGGGUGGCACAAGCCGCUUUAUUACGUUCCUGACCUUUCUUAUUCACUUCCUGCACCCGUUGUUAUGUAUCGCCAACUACUGUGCGUGGGUGACUUACCAAGAGGAGGUACUGGGAGCGCCACUGAGGAUUGCGUACCUCGUCAUGAGCAUCAUUGCUGCUGUUUCGUACUUGUUCGUGGCCUCCAUAUUCUACAUGUGGGCGUGGCGCUUUCCUGAACCGGAAGAAGUGUCUAAAAGGCGCCGAAUCUACGGUAUUGUGGUGAAUCUUUUAUUCUCUGACAUACCCAUGUUUGUUAUUGAAGUGAAGAUUUGCUGGAAAGUGCAAUUCGCACACGGAGUACAGGGUACUUCGUUUGUUAUCACGUGUAUCUCUCUCAUGUACUCCGCUGUGCGUGUGUGGACGUUCAUUAUGAUCAAACUCAUCAAGCUACGUGCACCAGUUGUCGGGACUCAGCCACAGUUCUCUGGAUCGGUCAUGUACCCUAGCUCCAGUCGCCCACCGGGACCAUCGGGUUCUUUCUACCCUGGCAACAACACAAUGCGUGAUGGAUACUAUCCCGGUGGAAGUGGCAUAGAUCACCAAAACGACCGCAACAGCUACCCCCAGGAUCGUUACGCACAAGGUGAUGCCUACUGGCGGGAAACCCCGUAUACAGAGCGUCGUUACAGUGGCGAUCAAUAUAGCACACCUGGUCGUCCCUCCCGGUCCGUUUACUAG